UUUUCUUUUAAUUUUUCCUCCAACACUUGUUCAAACUCAGGUUGAAGGAAGCUCUACACUUUUUUCUUUGGACUUUUUUUUGGGGAACCGGCUUAUUUUUUUAAAGCCGAUCUUGCUGAAUCGUUUUCCAGCUGCAAUCAAAGCUUUUUACAUUUCUUGUUGUGAAGAUGAAGAAGAAAAGAAGAAGGAUUUGACAGAAUCUGUAGAUUUGUUAAUGCCUGGGAUUGGAGAAGUUGUUGGUUUAUUUUUAUUUUAUUUAUAAAUAAGAAACGGAUCAGAACGUGUUGGUCAUGAUGGAUUUUUUUGUCAAGAGAGAAGCAUUUGUUUGCUGGGGAAUUUUUAAGUAUUUCAAAUUCCAUCGACAUUCCAACUUGGAUUAAAUUUAAGCUGGGAAUAACUCGUUCAAAUUAUUCGUUCUGAUCUCUUUAAAUUCAUUUUGUAUAUGGUUGUAUAUUUUUUCCCUUUCAAGCUUUAAACAAAUUUUUUAUAAAAAAAAAUUUUUUUUAAUUUUUAUUCGUUCAAAUUAUUUGUUCUAAUUUCUUUAAAUUCAUUUUAUAUGCUUGUAUAUUUUCCCCUUUCAAGCUUUAAACAAAUUUUUUAUAAAAAAAUUUUUUUUAAUUUUUAUUUGUGUACUAUAAUUUUAUGCUAUAAUUUUUUUAUACCUACUUAAUGUUUUCUUUUAAUUAUUUUACCAUUUCUUCUAAUUUUUAGAUCAAAAUUUCAAUUUACUUUAAUUAAAUUAUUUUACAAUAAUGAGCGAGGAUCGAAAAAUUAUUAAACAUGAAGGUGUUAAAUAUUAUAAAAAGGAAAGUCGUUUGGUUCCAAUUGGAGAAGACAAAGUGCCUGCUGACAUUAAAACCAAAAAAUCCAAAUUAAACCUUCAACCAGAAAUUCUAAUUGAUAUAUUUAAACUUCUCAACUUUGUUCAAUUAUUGGCUGUUCAACAAACAAAUUUUUAUUUCAAAAAUUUUAUUGACAAAUAUGGAAAAGAAUUGGCAAGAAAGAAAUUCAAAUAUCUUUAUUUUGUGCUUGAUUUCGACUUUCGUUUUGACGGACAUAGUAUAUUUGUUCGACUAGAACAUCAACCUAAUGAUUUUCAAUUGAGUGAACAACUUGAGGAAAAGUGGAAACGUGCAAUAGAAGAGUCAAUUCCAAUGUUUUUAACAUGGCCUGAAAUGGAGGAACUAGAAACCGUUGUUUGUGAUUUGGGACAAGAUUAUUUCAACGAGUUUCACGAGAUGGGCCAAACUAUUAAGCCUAGUGAGCCUUUUUAA